AUGGGUAAAAGACUCUGGAAUCACUGCACUUCCUGUCAGUAGUUAAAACGAUUGGCUACCAUUAGUGACGCAGAAACGGAUAUAGAAGGAUGGUAUAAAUUGUGGGGAAAAACCGCUUUCAUUUGGAGAGCAACCGAAGUUUGAGGAAAACCGGAUACACCCAGAAUCUCCAGUCAAACUGAACCUGUAUUUGGGCCUCAGCAUGACUCAAGAAGUGGAUAAAAGGUGUUUGCACUAUCAGGUUCUUGGAUUGAUGGUAGUGUUAGCCGUCUUCUCUGGACUUGGAGACACUAAAGAGAAUUCAGAGGAUGGGAUCCUAUACAACACAACACACAGUAACGCAGAAAGUGCAGAGGAACCACAAGUUUUGGCUGUUCAAAAGUCCUGCGGUCCAAAACAUGAGGGAUUUUGUCUCAACGGUGCAUGUUCCUACUCCUCCGACCUGGACAUCCCCAUCUGCCGGUGUGACAAAAUGUACAACGGUGUGCGCUGUGAGAAUUAUAUUCUGAACUCCCAUCAAUUGUCUAGUCCUGAAGGAGUCAUUGGUAUUAUCUGUGGUGUAGUUUUAUUACUGGGAAUCGUUGUCGGACUGAUGUACUGCUGUUUAAAGAAAAGGUGUCAAAAGUCGUCACCACCCUACAAGAACUAUGGCUUUGAAAACUCUGUUUAAUUUAUUGGGCCAGAUAUAAUUCAUGCUCUUAAAUAGUGCUUUUAGGCCUAAGACAAGAAGGGGGACAAAAUAUCAAGACUGAUUCUACCAGCAAAACAGGCCAGACUUUGGAGCAGAGACACUACACCCUCUAGAGAACGGAGCAAGAAUAGCAAAGAAACACUUUGUGAAACUUUGUGAUCUUCAUGUUCCACAAAGGACACAUUGAUCCGAUGGUUUUCAGUCCUGUUCCUUUUGCAUUUUCCACGUCUCCAUUAUCAGACACACUCAUUUGAGUUCAUGGGGCUCUUUCCUAAUGAGCUGGUGAUCUGAAUCAGGUGUAUAAAUUAUGUGUAAAUAUGUGCAGAGCUGUGGGUCUCCAGGAACAAGUUUGAAAACCACUGCAUUAAUCAAUGUAAUUUAUUACAAUAACAGUCAAAAUGGGAAAAUGCAUGAUGUUUAACACAAUUAUUUUGUUAUUUACAAGUUAUAACAUAACUUGGGCACUGUAAUGUUAAAAUAAUUUACUAACAUUUAAAAAACUGCAUGUAAAACUGUCAAUCAGAUGAAUUUUUGUGUAUCCAUAAGCAAAUGUCCUACGCUGCCUCCGUUAUGAAUGUAUUAUUUAAGUGCACACAGGUAUUUAUUGCACAGCUUUAAACAUGAUAAUACUAAAUAUAAAACCUAAACUGUGCGAAUGUAUUUGUAUCAGAUAUUUAUUUAUUGACAAAUUUGUAUAAAAUUUGCACCUGAAAUAAACAAAAGACAAGUCAAAAUGUCUUUCAUUUGAAAUUACUGUCGCAUUGCUGCAUUAUGAUCUUUAUGAUCUCAGCUCAAGCAUUAUUACAUUUAAUAACUGUAAAUGUAUUGCAGUGUUGUAAGUUGUUUGAAAAAUGAAAAGCAGAUCAUAUUGUUUUAAUGAAAAAUGUCAAUAUGUAGAAUAAAUGUGUUCCUGUAUUCUGAAAA